AUGGAGCAGUGUGGCGCCUGCGGUUUCAUGCUGCGCCCUAGAUCCGACCUACCAAAAUGCUCCCAGCAGUUGCUUGCAGACUUGCACGCCUCGACGGCCGCCUACCAACCCUUCUCCCCCGACGCUCUCCCCAAUGUCGACGCCAAUCACCUAGUCGCGCGAUCUGGCUUGUCAGCAGGGAAAGAUAGGCCGGCUUCAUUUAGAGCUAUCGGCAUUAGCCUGGCUAUUAGUUCUGGUUGCUUCAUCGGCGUCUCCUUCGUCUUGAAAAAGGUCGGACUCCUCAAGGCCAACGAAAAAUAUAACGAAGUCGCUGGCGAGGGCUAUGGCUACCUCAAGAAUUUUUAUUGGUGGGCUGGCAUGACGCUCAUGAUUAUCGGCGAAAUUUGCAAUUUUAUCGCAUAUGCUUUUACCGACGCCCUCCUCGUCACCCCCCUCGGCGCCCUGUCCGUCGUCAUCACCACCGUUCUUUCCGCUAUUUUUCUGAAAGAACGGCUAAGCAUAGUCGGCAAGGUCGCCUGUUUCCUCUGCAUAAUAGGCUCCGUCGUCAUUGUCCUCCAUGCCCCUGAAACGUCGUCUGUUGCGAAUAUUCAGCAGAUGCAAAAGUUUGUCAUUACCCCCGGGUUUCUCACAUAUGCCGGUGUCAUCCUGAUCGGCUCCGCCAUUACAGCCUGGUACGCCGGCCCCAGAUGGGGCAGCAGGAAUAUGCUUGUCUACAUUUCCAUUUGUAGCUGGGUCGGCGGCUUGAGUGUCGUCUCAACCCAAGGUCUUGGCGCAUCCAUCAUCGCCUGGAUUGGGGGGGAGCCAGAGUACAAGCACUGGUUCUUAUGGGUCCUGCUCGUCUUUGUCGUCGGGACACUACUCACCGAAAUCAUCUAUCUAAAUAAAGCCCUCAAUCUCUUCAACGCUGCCAUGGUCACUCCCACCUACUACGUCUACUUUACCAGUACCACCAUUAUCACAUCAGCUGUCUUGUUCCAAGGCUUCAAGGCGCCUGCUAAGGAUCUUGCGACAAUAGUGAUGGGCUUUUUGGUCAUUUGCUCCGGUGUUGUAUUGCUACAGUUGUCCAAGUCAGCCAAGGAUGUUCCGGAUACGGCCGUCUUCCGCGGUGACCUCGACCAGAUUCAGACGAUCGCGGAGCAGGAGCAGCCUGAGACAGAGCCCAAGGCGGACGCUAUUCGCGGCACUGCGGCGAUUGUGCGUAGAAUCUCGCAAGCACGGCAAAGAAUGGAAGAAAGGGAAUUGGACCGCCUACGCGAGGAAAAGUCCAUGGACACCCUCCAGCCGAUUACGGAAAAUGGCCAGGCACAAUUCGAGUGGGACGGACUACGACGACGUAAAACUCUGGCCGCGAGCACGCGCGCUCGCUCUGUCACCUCGCCCGGCCCGGCGCCGUUCGCCCCCCCGCUACCAAGCCCACACCCACCCUUGGGCAUGUCCGCGUUCCCGACCGAGCAAGACAUGGAUGAGAACGAACGCCCCAGCACCAUGUUCUCCAGCAUUGCCGGGACCAUUAGGGCGCGAUCCCGGACCAACGCGACCAUGCCUCCUUCAUAUGGUGACGAGGAGGCUGGCCGCAUGCGCAGUUCUGGCAUACGGCCGAUGCCCUUGACCGAGAUUGUCCUCCCCAAGCCCAACAGCGACGACGAAGCGGGCUCGUAUUACGGUACCACGCGCGAGCACGUCUUUCCCCGCGACACUGAAUACCGAGGUGCCUCGCCGGGCAACGCCACGAGCCUGCCGCCGCCAACGCCACCACCGCACUCGGCACGUCGCCAGUUUUCGUUUCAGCGCGUCUUCCGCAAGACUCCCGACAAUACUGAGGAGGAACGCCUCGGUCUUGUUAAGGAAGUGGACGGCACGCGAAGCGGCACUGAGGAGGAAAACGUCUACAAAGACGACCCACACAAGAAGGGCUUUAUCUGA